AUGUCAAAAUGUGUCUGCAAGUGCUUAGAAUGCGGUGAAGAGAUCUUCCUGGAUGAUCUACCGCCCGUCUCAUUUAAACACAUCGAUGUGUCUGUGCUCCUUGAGAAAAUGCAGCAAAUUAAUACUGACAUUGACUACCUAAAAAGAACAAUGGGAACUCAAGUAGCUGCCUGUGAAAUGUUGCGGGAGGUUUCUGAGAAACUUGACGACCGGCUGACAGCUGUGGAGGGGCACUGUGAACCGGAUGCUAUCUGCCUCACUGCCGUGGAGACACAACUGGGUCUUGUGCCCAGCGUGUCAGGUCUUUCCUCGGCUGUGUUGGAGAGGCCAAUAGGCCCUGGUCCUGUUUUCUGCCCUCCUCUGCGGCUGAUGGAUGUUUGUCAGCGGCGCAUGGGCUCAUACAAACACGCUCCAACACUAAAACUUAAACACAGUCUCAGAGAUCAUUCAUGUUCUUCUCUCUGCAGGCUGAUUAACUGCAGUAUUGGAGAGGAAGGCUGUGCUGCUCUGAUUUCAGCUCUGAGAUCAAACCCCUCACACCUGACAGAACUGAAUCUGAGAGGUAAUAUACCAGGAGACUCAGGAGUGAAGCUGCUCUCUGCUCUACUGGAGGAUCCACACUGUAAACUGGAGAAGCUAUGGCUGAGGAGCUGCAGUAUUGGAGAGGAAGGCUGUGCUGCUCUGAUUUCAGCUCUGAGAUCAAACCCCUCACACCUGACAGAACUGGAUCUGAGCCGUAAUACACCAGGAGACUUAGGAGUGAAGCUGCUCUCUGCUCUACUGGAGGAUCCACACUGUAAACUGGAGAAGCUAUGGCUGUAUAACUGCAGUAUUGGAGAGGAAGGCUGUGCUGCUCUGAUUUCAGCUCUGAGAUCAAACCCCUCACACCCGACAGAACUGAAUCUGAGAGGUAAUGAACCAGGAGACUCAGGAGUGAAGAUGCGCUCUGCUCUACUGGAGGAUCCACACUGCAAACUGAAGAAACUACUUAUUUGACAGUGGAAACUCCACAAGCUCCAAACAACUCAAUCAAAACAACACGUCUUGAACAAGACUGUCACCUGGACAUUAAAAUGCAUAAUUUCAGUUAGGGUGAAGAAAAGCUUUUUGUUUUUCUUCUAAGGCCACAAGAGGGCGCAUCGAGCAAAAUAUUACUAAUACACGUUUAUUCAAAGCAUACGAAAACAUGACUGUAACCCACCAUAAAUUCUUGAGAUAUGUUUUUAAAAUGUUGAACUUAGAUUAAUUUUACAUGGCUAUCUAAACACGUGGCUCUGUUGUGCAAUAUCCUGAUAAUUCACCUCCAGAGGACGAGAGAAGCUGUUGUUGAGAUCAGAAACACUGACGGAUGAGAUUAAACUCUUUCCUUCGUACCAGCAGAGAGUCGCCUCUGUCUCAUUCAUCACUGAACACAGCAGGAUGAACACAUUUCCAGCUCCAUGAUUGUUCAGAGUCUCUGACAAUAGUGAGAAUGGACAGAGGAGCUGGAAACACAUGAGAAUAAACAGAAAUAUUACUGAGAGGAAGAUCAAGAUGAAAUACAGGUGGUAAAGUGUCUCUAUGCAGCAGCAAAUCUGAAUUUAGAGUUUAAUAAUGAACUGAAUACAACAAUACUAGUCAAUAUAUCAGUGUCUAAUAAACAUUUGCAGUCAGAACUA